AUGACGCUUCUCGCUUCCUCCGUUGCCUCCGCGUCCUCUUCGUCCCCCUCUGCGUCGGCUGCUUUUCCGCCGUCUGCUGCCCGGGGGGGCGCGCCGGGUGCGUUUGGCAGGGCGCCACAAGAGAAAGCUGAUGGGCGCUAUGGCGAGCACGCCUUCAUCACGAAAGUCGCAGACAUUCAACCUGGUGCUCAGGGCCUGAACUGCCUCGUGUACGUCCACCGCACACUCCUCCUAAGCUCCAGAAUGCCCCCGACAGGAGAAGUCUCCUCUUUCGCUGAAGUUCUCGUGGGGGACGAGACCGGCACGAUCAAGCUCGAGCUCAACGGCGAGGCGCAGCGCACCGCAUGCAGACCGGGCACCACAGUUCUGCUGCGUCACGCCUCCACCGCGACGACUGCGGGAGAGCUUUCGCUGCAGAUUUUGCCGCGAGUUGGGGGGAGGAUUCUGCUGGCUCCUGAGGCGACCCAGCUCGAGAACGCUCUCCUGCCGCAGACGCCCUGUCUUUCGGAAGUCCCGCUGCUGCCCCUCCACGCGCCUCUCGAGCGCACUCUGGAAAAAUAG